AUGGCGGGCGCCGAUGGCGAACGAGGCGCCAUCCCAAAGCAGGCGCGCGAGCAGCCACGCGAGCAGCAGCUCUUCUUUGACAAUGUCAACCCAGCGACGCGCCUUCUGGAGAAACGGCGGCAGAUGUACGAAGUGCAGGAUGCCCUGGAAAAUCAGAAGGCGCGGUUCGCCAAGGAGGAGGACCAGUUUAGAAAGAAGGAAGAGCAGCUGCGGGUCAAGGAUCUCCAGCUACAGAACCAGCUUGUGAAGUUCAACAAGUUCUUGCAAGACAACGAGGCGAAGCGACAGCGCUCCGAGAAACGUGCAGCGGAGGAAGCUGCCCAGAUAAAACAGAAAGAUGAAGAGAUCCUGGAUCUCGAAAAGCAGCUUGAAGACAGCAGAGCUCUUUGCGACAAGCUGGAAGACGAGAAGAAUAGGAACAUGAAGUACGAG